GACCACAAAAUGCCAUUCACUCCGUGUUUACAGUCAAAUUUGUUCGGUUUUGUUUUGCUCUGCAGCAGCAGUUUACUGUUCGCGGGGAUCGUUCGUAGCCGUUAUCAGUUUGUUCUCGUUCUGUGAGCCUCUUUCCUAGCUAGUUUAAUCUUUAGAAUGGCGGCCAUCAAGUCAGCCCUGCCGGAGGCGGUUACGGGUACGUUCAACUACUUUGCCUUCGGAAGCAACCUCUGGUCCAAGCGCCUUCACAUGGGCAGUCCAACUGCCGUACGAAAAGGAUUCGGGUAUUUAGAAAAUUUUAGACUAGACUUUUUCCACUACGCGGCCCGUUGGCGAGGCGCGCCGGCGACAAUCGUCGAGCAGCAGGGUCAUCGCGUGUGGGGUGCCCUGUGGGAGAUUAACGCGACCAACCUGCCCGACCUGGACAAGCAAGAGGGCGUGCACAACCAGGUCUACAAAGCGCUCACGCUGCCGGUGCGGACGCCCAGUGGGGAAACGCUCGAGUGCCGGGUCUACCAGCUGGUCAAGAAUCCGGCUCCGCUGGAGGGUGGCGAAGAGUAGCGCCCGUUCGAGCGACAACCGUCCAAGACGUACAUGGACGUGAUCGUGCGGGGCGCCAAGGAGACGGGUCUGCCGGAGGAUUACGUGCGAUUUCUGGAAACGGUCAAGCACAACGGGUACACCGGAGAUCCGCAGUUUGAGAUCGAUUUGGCUGUGCAAGACAAGAAUUUGUAACGUGGAGAAGCGCGAAUAAAAGGAACCUUUCGGACGAAUUGAGUCGAAGCUUUUGA